UGGCGUGCUGUACGGGUCAGAGUCGGAGCGGUUCGGGACUCUGGUCCUGGACGCUGGUCCUCUUGGUGUUGGUGGGCGUGAGCGGACCGGUGGUGGGCGUAUCGGAGCCGGGGAAGUGGGUCCAGAACAUCGAGAGCCAUGUUUAGAGUGCUGAAGGAGGACUUUGAGGAACUGAGGAAUGAAGAAAAUGAGAGAGCGAGGAGGAUGAUGGUGAAACAGGAAGAGGAUUAGUGAACAGGAAGUGAGGACAUCCUGAAGAACCAGAAAUUCUUCAUCUUCCCUAAAACUCUGUUCAAGAACAGCUCGAUCAGUCUCAGAUUUCUGUCAGAAAGAUGUAACACCUCAUCUCCCCUGAGCCUGAAUAUUUCCUGGUAUCUGAGGAACUCGCACUGCUACAACGAAGUCUUCAACCUGGAUCAAAAGGAGGUGAUGCAAUACUUUGGGUCACCUUCCAUCUUAAGAGAAGGAGGAAAAGGGUACUAUUCUCUCCACAAGUACGAUACAAUCCACUGUGAGCCACAUAAACGCAAGUCAGCGAAGACGAAUGAAACCCAAAAAGAGCCAAAACAGGCUGGUAAUCAUGAUUUCGAUGUGGUGGCUCAGAGCUGGGAGGACGGACCCUACGUGUUCAUCCUCAACAUCAUCGAGAUCAAAGAAAAGAUCACAUCCCCUGAUCACAACAACCCCUGGAGUCUGCAGCUCCAGAUCAGAAUGAUGGGUCCACAUGGCUUUAUAUCAGCCUCCGAAUGGCCUUUGAUGGUGUUCUACAUGGUGAUGUGCAUCGUGUACGUGCUGCUGGCCGUGCUGUGGUUGGUUCUGUCUGCGUGUUACUGGAGGGACCUGCUCAGGAUCCAGUUCUGGAUUGGAGGCGUCAUCUUCCUGGGCAUGUUGGAGAAAGCUGUUUACUAUGCCGAGUUCCAGAGUCUCAGAUAUGACGGCCUAUCAGUCCAGGGGGCAGUGGUGUUUGCUGAGGUGCUCUCUGCGGUGAAGAGGACUCUGGCCAGAGUGUUGGUGAUCAUUGCCAGUCUGGGAUACGGCAUCGUCAAGCCGAGGCUGGGCGCUUUGCUACACAGAGUCGUCGGGGUUGGUCUGCUCUACCUGGCCUUCUCCAUCAUCGAGGGACUCAUAAGAGUCAAAUCUGAUCGAGGAGACAAAAACAGCAGUAGAAUUCUGUGUGACAUAGUGCUGGCCUUCACUGACUCCUGUGUUGCCUGGUGGAUCUUUGUGAGCCUGGCUCAGACGAUGAAGCUGCUGCGGCUCAGGAGGAACGUGGUGAAGCUCUCGCUCUACAGACACUUCACCAACACACUCAUCUUUGCUGUCAUAGCGUCAGUCAUUUUCAUCAUCUGGACCACCAGGACCUUCACGAUGUCUAAAUGUCAGUCUGACUGGAGGGAGCUGUGGAUAGAUGACGCUUUCUGGCGUUUCUUGUUUUCCAUCAUUCUAUUGGUCAUAAUGUUCCUAUGGCGACCGUCAGCCAAUAACCAGAGGUAUGCCUUCAGUCCUCUGGCGGAUGAAGAGAGUGAAGAAGAGGAGAAGGAGCCCAUGAUGAACGAGGCUUUUGAGGGGAUGAAGAUGAGGGGCAUGAAGAAUGAGGCCAACGGCUCAGCCAGAGCCAACAAAGUGGAUGAGGACCUGAAGUGGGUUGAGGAGAACAUCCCGUCAUCUAUGGCCGAUGUCGCCCUGCCGCCCCUGCUGGACUCUGAUGAGGAAAAUAUGACGACGAAGUUUGAGAUGUCCAAGAUGGACUGAAGCAUAGGAGUGUUCCUAAAAAUGAGAGACUGUGGAGUAAAUGGGAAGUACGCCCACGUGAGGAGGGAGAGAGGAACUGAUGGAUGGAAGAGGGAGCCGAGAGAAGGUGCAAACGCUCGGUGUCGCCGUGUGAUUAAUCCCUGAAUUUAUGAGCUUUGUAAGCCUUGAUCUGUACAUAGACUGGGAGCAGAAUUGAUCACAGCAGAUCUUUUUUAUUUGGUUCUUUUUAUUGCCUGUUUGUAUUUAUAUCUCUAUAUAUUCUAUAUACAUAAACAGUAUAUUUUGACAGAUUUCAUGUUUUGUGCUUCAGAGCAGCUUGUUUGACUCUUCAGGUUUAUACGUGCAGAUGUUCCUGUGUUGUCACAGCGGUAAAUUUCGGGGCUCUUUGGUUUGUUUUUUAAGUUCAGAGAUGAGUUUGUGUGUUUGGAUUUGUUCAGCGUGCAGAAACUUGUGAAUCAGAAAGGAAAAAUGUGAGUACGUGUCUAAAUCUUUCUCAUCUGGGUGAUGUUUGUCUUUCAUGGUAGUUUUGUCUUUUUCAGCUGUCGCCUUCAUUUAAUUCUCAAUACAAAUUUCUAACGUCACGUCCUUCCUGUCUGAUGUGUGUUGAGAUGACUUGUUUUCUCUCCUCAGAGUUUGACGUGAGCAGAAACAAACAGAGCUCUGUGUCCGAGUGAUAAUUUAAGUUUAUUCUUCAAGCACAGACCCUGUUGACUCAGUCUGACUGUGGGUUAAAAAUCAUAGACUGUAUAUAAAAGAUGGUUUCUGGACUCUG